AUGAGGCUCUUCGCACUCUCACCUUUGUUGCUUUUGCUAGCCAACCAGGCGUCUGCGGACACUGGUCUCUAUCCCCCAGGACUCCAACCUCUCAUUACCAAGGCAAAUGUGUUACUAUCAUCGGGCAUGUUCAACGAGGCCGCCAAAGUAUACUCAGAAGCCAUAGAACAAUCGCCAGCAGAUUAUCUCCUCUAUUACAAACGCGCCACGGCAUACUAUUCACUGCAGAGACAUAACUCAGCACUUGAAGACUUUGAUAAAGUUCUGUCGCUCACCUCCAAUACCUUCGAUAAUGCCCAUCUAAUGAAGGCACGGAUAUUCACCCGUGAAGGCCACUUCUCACUUGCCAAGACAUCGUUCUCGGCUUACGUCAAGGCAAAAGGCAAGGACAAAGAGGCUGAGGAGCUGGAGGCAGAUAUGUUAGAGGGAGAAAAGCUUAGAACGAAGACUGAGAAGGAACGUAACGCAGAGCUCUGGAACGCCUGCGUUGAGAGCGCCUCUCAGGCUCUGCGGGUAGCGAGCCACUCCCUGGAAAUUAGAACAUGGCGGGCGGAAUGUUCGCUAGCGGCGGGGGAUAUUGAGAGUAGUGUUGGCGACCUGACUCGUCUUUCUCACCUGCUACAGCCAUCCACCCAGCUGCUUACCCACAUUUUCCGAUUAUCUUAUUUCCUCCUUUCCCCAUCUCCAGCUCCUCUUAAUACCCUCAAACAAUGCCUCCAUUACGAUCCUGAUUCCAAACCAUGCCUAAGCCUGCGCCGUAUGCUUAAAUCCUUUGAGAAAUCCUUCGCCCAACUCGAUGACCUCCUUGGAAAGUCAGACUGGCGAGGCAUCAUCAAACUGCUCCUCACCCCAGAAGGCGGCAAGAACGGCGACCUCUGGAAGCGGUGGGAGGAAGCCAUGCUCUCCAACGUCGGUGAAGAAAAAGAGGUUCUCCCCCUUGUACCACCAACACUCAUUCAAGCCAGCAUUCCCCAACCUGCCCCCACAUCCGCGAAGAAGGGCAAAAAGACACCGCGUAUUCACCUCCCGCUUGCCUCCAAAGUCUCUCCUCAGCGCCAGAAGCUCGUUCGGGCGCUGUGUAAAUCGUACACGCACCUCGCAGACACCGUCAAAUCUUCUGCCGAUUACAAAACGCAGAUGGAGCGCUGGUGUGAUGAGCUGUUGACUCUUGACGGAUGCAAUGAGGACGUUGAUGGGCUCGUGGGACGUGGUGAGGCCCUAUUGGCGAAAGAAGAGUGGGAGGACGCUGUACGGACACUGGAAAGGGCUUUCGAGAGCAGCGGGCGCUCUGACAGAGAGAUUCAUCAACGGUUGCAAAAGGCGCAAAAACUUCUCAAGCAGAGUAAACAAAAGGAUUACUACAAAAUUAUUGGCGUUUCCAGAGAUGCAGACCAAAAGACCAUCAAGAAAGCUUACCGGAAAGCUGCGAAGAGCGCACACCCGGACAAGGGCGGGUCAGAGGCCAAAAUGGCGCUACUCAACGAGGCGUAUGAGGUGCUGUCCAAUCCCGAGCUACGGCAGCGCUUCGACAACGGCGAGGACCCAAUGGAUCCAAUGGCGCAGCAGGGCGGGCACCCGUUCCAAAAUGGCCAGCAUCCGUUCGCUCACUUCUUCCAGCAGCAGGCAGGCGGCUUUGGGGGGCAGUUUGGCGGUGGUAUGCCUCGCGGGUUCCCUGGUGGUGCGUUCCCCGGUGGCCAGGGCGGCUUCCAGUUCCAUUUCAGCCAUGGACAGUAG